CAACAAAAUGAUGGAAGAAAUAGAAACUCAUUUCCUGAUGAGAUAAAAAAGUUUUCGCUAUAUAUGUUCCUGAUUGGUGGACGAUUAACUUAUCAAACCUUACACAGUAAUUUCAACAAUGUUUUACCAUCUGUCAGAACUGUAGAAAGAACUUUAGAAGAUAACUAUAAAGUUACUGAAGGACAAAUAUAUAUUCAGGAAUUGAAAGAAUUUCUCAUCAAGCGGAAUUUACCACUCAAAGUAUUCGUAAGUGAAGACCAAACUGCGAUUUUACAAAGAGUGCAAUAUGAACCGAGGACUGGAAAUUUGAUCGGUUUUCUACUACCAACUUCAAAAAGAACAGGAUUUCCCUUGAAAAAUGAAUUGUAUGGAGAUUCUGUUGCACAAAUUGAAGAUGCCUUCAAAAAUAGAAUUCUAUCCCGAAAUGCUUACGUUUUCAUGGCACAGCCUCUCUCUGAAAAAGAACCAGCUUUCUGCCUCUCAAUUUUUGGUAGUAAUAAUAAGUUCAAUUCGGAAGAUGUGUUGAAGAGAUGGAACCAUUUAGAAGAACAAGCCAAGGCAGUUGGUAUUGAAAUCGUGGGCUUUUCUUCCGAUGGCGAUCCACGGUGUUUGAAAGCCAUGAAACAAUUGACUAUGCUUGGACAGAGUUUAGAUGGCACUGAUCAGGAAUCUCCGUAUAUUCCUUAUUUCCAGGUAUGUUUUCAUGACAAUUUUUGCUUUGGCAUUAGGCUGAGGUCGUUACUAUAAUCUAGUGAUUUCAGAUGAUAUAUGACUUGAAUAAACCAGUAGUCAUCCAGGACACGAUACAUAUUAUAACGAAAUUAAAAACACGAUUUCUCAAGCCAGGAGUUGUCUUACCUAUGGGUAGUUAUUUCGUAUCCUCUACCCAUAUUGAACAGCUCAUGAAACUUUUUUCCAAAGAUCAGCAUUUCUUAACGACUGGAGACUUGCAAAGUAUGGACAAAAUGAACUUUGAGGCUGCUAAUAAGCUUUGUUCAAAUAGUGUGAUUAAUCUACUGAAAGACAUCGAGGGAAGUGAGGCAACUGCCCAAUAUUUAUUGAUGCAAAGAAGAAUAUUGGAGGCCUUUGUCGAGAAAAAUAUGGAAAUCAAUACCAGAAUAUACAACAUGUGGUAUUCAAUUUUAUUUUUGAGAGUGUGGCGACAAUGGCUCUCCAGAAAUAAUUAUAGUAUGGAGAAAAAUUUCAUCAGCCAAAAUGCCUACACUUGCAUUGAACUAAAUGGUCAUGGACUGAUACUGUUGACUCAAAAAUUAAAACAAGAGGCGUCAUCAUUCUUACCAUGGUAUUUUUCAAGCCAACCAUGUGAGAAAAUUUUUCGUCAGACACGAUCUAUGACCAGUACAUUUUCAACAAUAGUUAAUUUUUCAUUGACAGAUAUAUUGGGACGGUUGAGCAGAAUACAAACUCUCAACGAAAUCAGCACAGACCUAGGGUCCACGUAUUGUUUUCCCAAGGAGCAAAAUAUCAAGUUGGGAAAGAGUAAUUUGUUAACACUAUGGACAGGAUCAAUGCCAGCACAGGAAGAAAUAUCAAAAAUUUUAGAGAAAGCUAAAGAUGAUGCGAAUAAUGACGCCAAGAAACUAGGAAUUAUUGCUGAUGAUAAUGACUUUUCCAUUCUAAAUAUGCCAGUUUUACACAGUGGAAAAAGUGAUGAUAUCGUUCAAGAUGAAGACAUAAAUCAGGACAUCAAUUACGAAGAAAUUGCGGCUGAUCCGGAACGUGAUCAUAUAGAAAAAGAACUAAAUACUUUGUCAUCAUUGGGCACAAUUGAUUUGAAAGAUAAUGUGAACCAAGUGAAAUGUGGACAAGAAUCCAAAUUUCUGAGAGUUCUCGUUAAUGGAAAAAUGAUGACGCUAAGAAAAUCAACAUUAUGUUGGCUUUUUAGCGACAAAAGUGGGAGGCUUUCGUCAGACAGAAUCAUGAGAGUAAGAGGUAUGUCUGCAUCCAAUUCUAAAAAGGAAAAUGUUAAAAAGAUUCAGACUCCACGUUCACGUUCUAAAGAUUUCAAUAAGAACUGCCGCGAUGCUGUCGUGGAUCUAAAUUGUGAUUCAAACUCAGAAGACACGACCGAUGAAGAAGACUAUAGUAUCCAAGACAGCAGUGAAGGUCCUGAAGAUUUCGAGAAAUCCUCAGAUUCUGAAUCGGUCAUGGAAAUAACCAUUAAAGAAGAGGAGUACUACGCCGUUUACUACGAUCUAAGGUGGUACUUAGGAAGGGUUAUUUCCGUGGAGGAACAUUUUUGUGAAGUUAAAUUUUUGAAGGAAGACAUGGGUGAAUUUCAUUGGCCGAAGAAGGAUGACAAACAGAGGGUUGAGAGAAACUUCAUUUUCUUCGGUCCUCUGAAACUAAUUGGAUGCAACCCAUUUGAGAUAAGAAGAAGUGAUAGACUGAAAAUUAAUGAAAAAUAUAAAAAUUUCAAACGAUCGGAAUGAAAGCAUUGAUUACACCAUUAUCUUUAAGUAUAGGCGGUAUAGGUAUUCGUUUUCAGUUUUAUUUUCAAAUAUAUUUUUAUAUUUAUGGUUCAUGUUAUUACUCUGACACCUAAUGGUAUGAAGGCAUAUAUAAUAUAAAAGGAUUGAGUAAAAAACAAAGUUAUUACUCAUGUUGUUGCCUCUAUAAAAAAUACAAAAUGAAAGCUGUAUCUGUUAGAAAAAAGUUCUUCAUGGUAUGAAAUCUUUCAUUACACUUUUUGUAUGUUACUUGGUAUUUGUACGAAAUUUUACAACAUUAUCUGUUUAAGAAACUGAGUUUUUUCGCGAUAUUCUGAAACAAAAUCAAAAUUAUAGUCGGCAUCAACAACAGAAACUUUUUUAUAAUUGCAGU